AAUCAAAACUCACAAAGACUCUCUCCCUCUCUCUCUGUCUCUCUCUCUCUCACACACUCACCCACACUUUCUCUCUGUAGCUAUCUACGAGAUUUGUCUUUGUGUAUACGCAUCAUUCGGAAAUUAGGGUUUUCUGGCUGUAAGUGUUGAGUUUUGCGGCGGUAUUGGUGGAGAUUGCGGAUGUUUUUUUGAAUUUGGCUUUUCCUGCAAGUCUUUCAGGGAGGCCUUCUUUUCUAUAUAAUCAUCUUCAGCUAAUUAUGAGGUUGGAGAUUGACUUUGCCUGCAUAAUCUGUGCUGGAUAGAAGAUUUAAAGGAAUGUCAGACUUGUCUAUGUAUGAGCUGGAAGAUAUUAUUUGGGAUGACUUUGAUCAAGGUGACGAUCAUAUAGUACCAGACCCUACUAAUGCUCGAACUAGUAGAAAUUCAUUUGAGGGAGACAUCUGUAAGAAGCCUAGGCGUGAAGCAACUUCUGUUUUGAGCAAUUUUGGAAACCUUGAUGCUUCCACCACUAUUUGUCAAGAAAAGUCAGAAAGGGACACGAAGCUGUUAGAUAAGAAAAAGAACAUGAUGGAGAAGGAAUCAUCAUUCAAUGCUUCAUGUGAUGUUGAGAUAGUAAAAGACACAUCUGAUGACACUCGAAUGUCAGAUAAAUGCUUCAAAAAUUGCUAUGUCACAUCAGCUGCAGGUGAUGAUAACUCAUAUAGUUACCCACUAACACACAUUUCCCAACCAGAGGAUCUUUAUAACUGUGAGGAUAAGGAAUCAGGUGAUCUUUUAUAUUAUGGGUGGCCUGAUAUAGGAAACUUUGAGGAUGUUGACAACAUGUUAAGAAAUUGCGAUUCAUCAUUUGGACUAAACAAUGAUGAAGAACUUGGGUGGUUUGCAUCAGACGAAAUUGGGGGUGAUACUGAAGAAGCAUUAAAGAUGGAUUUCAAAUUUCCAUGUCCUGAACCAAGUGCUUUAAAUUUAAACAAUGCAUCUAACAAGAGUCAUGUAAUGGAGAGUUGUGGUGAUAUUUCAUUUGAAGGGAAUGCUACUGGAGUUGAUGAACAAAAACAAGGAUUUCAACCAUUAUUUGUUGGAAGCCCAAUACAGAUGAAUACAAUGUUUCAGUCUUCAGACAGUGGUUUGGAUUGUGCUGAAAAACAAGCUGCUCAUCUAUCAAAAAAGGAACUAGGAAGUGAAAAUGGUGUAGGAGUUCAUCAGAAAGGGAUUUCAUUAGAGAUGGGUUCAUUAAAUGUUCCUGAAAUCUCUUCCAUUAGUUCUGAGCUGGAUGAAAUCUCACUUGAAGCAACUAGUUUUCGCCAGCUACAACACGUUAUGGAACAGUUGGAUUUGAGGACAAAGUUAUGCAUAAGGGAUAGUCUAUACCGUUUGGCCAGAAGUGCUGAGCAACGACAUAAUAAUCCAACCCUAAGUAGCAGUGCUACAGAUAUUAAUGAUAGUAAUAAUGGAUUGAUGGAUAUGGAAACUGAUACAAAUCCUAUCGAUCGGUCUGUAGCACAUUUAUUAUUUCAUAGGCCUUCAGAAUCACCUAAUCUGAAGCAUGGGUCGAUGAAUGGGGAGAAGAAAGCUGUUUGUGAGGAAGGUGUAGCAGACGACAAGUGAAAUUAGGAGAGAGUUGUGUAUGUAGUUGUUGUGGAAUACAUAAUGAUAAUGUAUAAAAUGAUCCAAAAGGUGGCCCAUCGUCAUGUAUUAAGUUAUAAACGACUCGGGCUUUUACUGUUUCUUGGUGUAUAUUCUUGUGUCUUGAUAGUAAUUUUAUGUCUUGAUUUUUAACCCACAA